AUGGUAUGUUGGACAGGGAUAGUUGGAGCGCCGCGGGAGCCCUCCAAAGAGCGGACGGAAUGUGCGCACAAGGUCAUUGCGCCCUGCGCGGUCAUGCACAUACCCCUCCCCCCCUACCCCGCAUCUCGCGCCUGCCCCUUCUCGCACCCACCACCACAACUUCCAAACGAUCAGCUGCGGAUAAAGGGGAAGCAACCGAGCCGAAAGGCAAUAGGAACCAUUUCGAAGCGAUUCCUCUUUUAUUUCUCUCCCUACGAUGGUCUUACGACGUCCGCCGGCAAUAUUGUUCCUUGCUGUGGCGCUAUUUUC